AAAAUGCAUAUUCAAUGGACUAUUGUGAAUCUAUUCUCAACAUAAGAUACCUUUUUGUGACAAAAAAAACCCUAAACCCAAACCAAAUGGAGUGCAUAAAACCUUUGGUCUGCCAUUGGUGAUGGAGCAAGCACAAUCAACCCUGUGAAAACUUGAAAAAGAAACAGAAAAUUCCCUAAAAAUAAAAUCCUAAACCCAACCAAUACCUUUCAUCUUUUUCAAUGGAGCACCAUCAGCAGAACAAACGGAAUCAACAAGAGGGCAUGACAACCCAGAAGAAAAAACGGAAAGAAGUUGCUGUUUUUGGAAACUACAGAAACUAUUAUGGCUAUAGAAUAGGUCAGGAUUUGGAGGAAGAUCCAAGAUUAAAAGCUAUGAAGAAGGAGUGGUUUGAAGGCAAAGAUUGUCUUGACAUUGGUUGUAACAGUGGAGUGAUCACAAUUGCUAUCGCGCAAAAGUUUAACUGCCGAAGUAUCCUUGGAGUCGAUAUUGAUGACGCAAGAAUCCAGGAUGCAAAUUGGACUCUCAGGAAAACAGUGAGGAGUACUAAAGGUGUGCCGGCAGUGGUUGCCAAAUCGACUGAAUCAAAGAAUGUAACUGGUAUUGAAAACCGUGAGGCGGAGUCACCUAAGAAGCCCGCAAGCACUGAUUGUACAGAAUCUCAUCAUGUGCAAGAGGCAAAUUUGUUUGACAUAGUCUCUUUUAAGAAGGGAAAUUUUGUUCAGAAUUGGUAUCCAGGGGGAAAUACAUCUUAUGAUACAAUUAUUUGUUUAAGCGUGUCAAAGUGGGUGCAGUUAAACUGGGGUGAUGAGGGACUAAUAACUUUAUUUUCGAAAGUCUGGAGGCUUCUUUCACCGGGUGGUGUCUUUAUUUUGGAGCCUCAGCCUUGGAAUUCAUACUACAGUAAUCGUCUUGUAUCUGAGACAACAAGAAUUAAUUAUCAAGAGAUUAGGAUCCGUCCAGAAGAUUUUCAAGAUGUACUUUUGGACAAGAUUGGAUUUAGAAUGGUAGAGGAUAUAACAUCUAGUGCAUCGGGUCGCAAACCUGGGUUUAAUAGACCUAUUUUUGCAUUCUGGAAGUGAUCCAUUUACACGGUUAUGGAAAUUGCUUUUUGUUUGAUGUCUUUGUAUUGUAUAUAUAUGGAGUUAUAUCAACAACAACAUAUCAAGUGUAAUCCUACAAGUAGGGUCUGAGGAGGGAAGGAUGUAUGUAGACUUUAACCCUAUCUACCUUUGUGGAGAUAGAGAGGUUGCUUCUGAAAGACCCUAGGCUCAACAGGAAUGUACAUCGAGCUAUUGAAUUUAUUCCUAAUCUUUUUGGAGUUCUGAGGCUGAUGAUUUAUUUCACCUCACUUGUAA